AUGAAGGAAACAAGAGAGUAUAGAAGAAAAGAGAAACAGGAGCUUCAAGGACUUAGCGAGCACAAGAACCGACCUAGGACCAUCACCCAUCUUCAUGAACUAUUACCUGGGUUGAAUGAUAUCAGCGAUGCUUUUGAAGCAUUACCCUUGGACAUCGUAAAGUAUUUCACACUCUUGAAGGAGAUUGACGCCAAGUGUAUAAACACCGUGCCACAAAUCAACCAUAGGAUCAAAAACUAUAUUGACAACUUGCACGUUGCCCCUGCACUGAAUGACGGAGAUGUCAAUGGAAGAGCAGAUGAAGAUGAAGUGCAAGUGCAAGCGCUAGCGCUUGCUAGGAAACAAAAACUGGAGAAUUCACAAUUGAACAUCAUCAAAAAUAAGAUCAAUGAGGUUAUCCCUUGUCUUGAAGAGAAGAUGCAUGUUACUUCAGUAGCCACCGAUUUGUUGAAUAAACAUAUGCGUCGUAUAAAUCAGGACUAUAAGUUAAUCAUACAAAAUAAUGAAAUUCCCGAGAACAUACGUAUUGGUCCAUUGGUCCAUCCAGCUAUGAUUCUUGACUCGACACAUCCUGCAAAAGACCUUCAGAAUGGAAAUGGAGAAGGUGCAACUGGUAAUGGUAACGGUGGUGGUGGUGGUGGUGGUAAUGGUGGUGGAUACGGUCACGGCUCUAGUACGGCGCAGUCGCAACGUAGUGAGAGUAGGAGAGAGGCGUUGGCUGCGAGAAAAGCAAACAAGGAUGAUGAUAGAGAUGGUGGUGCUAGUGGGUCUAAUGUGAGUAAGAAGAAGCGGAGUAAAGAGCAAACUCCAUUUGAAGGGGGGAAGAGCGCCAAUGGAAAUAAUAGCAGUACUGGUGGUAGUGAUAAGAAGAGAAAGAAUGAGGAUCGAAGUUCAACUUCGUCGUUGUUGAAAAAGAAAAAGAAGGGGGCUGAUGAUGAUGGUGAUAUUGACGGUGGUGAUGAAGAUGACGGUGAUGAUAACGGAGUGAACCUGAGGAGUGACGGCAGGAAAUCCAGCUCGGCUAACCUAGAUAAGCUGAAGGGAACGGCAAGUAAUUCGGGUGCUGGCGGAGGAGCAGGAUCCUCGGGUGGUAGUGGUGGCUCGCAUGAACCUACGUAUUGUUAUUGUAACCAAGUUUCAUUUGGUGAAAUGGUUGGAUGUGAUGGGGAGGAUUGUAAGCGAGAAUGGUUUCAUUUGCCAUGUAUUGGGUUCAAGAAUCCGCCAAAGGGGAAGUGGUAUUGCGAUGACUGUUUAAAGAAUAUGAAGGUGAAGAAGUUGUAG